AGAAAUCUUGGACCAAGGCCCUAGAUAGCCUACAAGAUCCUCAACCGUCCAAUCCUUGUCCUUUUCUUGGUUUUUAAAGCGCCUUUUCCCACCGCCACCUUUCUCAUUUCUCGACUCCUUUCUUUCCCCCAAAAAUCCCAACAAAAUUUCCCCAAAUAAAUGGAUUCCAAGGAUCUCAAAGCCGCCGACGGGACGCUAACCCUUGACGGCGAUCAUGAACGGAAGCAGGAUCAAGAAUGGAACGAUUCCGAUGAUGAUCUCGAGACCCCGAACGGAUCCGAGGGAUCCGGCGACGACGCCUCGAUCAAGAUCCUCCACCAAGAGAUCCAAGUCCUGCGCCGCGAUCGAUCGGAGAUCCAGCGCCGCCUCGACGAGGUUCUCGCCGAGAUGGAGAAGUCGGAGGUCGGAAGUAAGGCGCUCGCCGCCCACGCGUCGUACCUCGAAGGCGAGCUCACUCGCACGAAAGAGGAUCUCUCUUCGGCGUCUUUGGUGGCUGAGGAGGCGGAGAUCGAGGUGAAUAGGCUUCGAUCGGAGGUCAAGAAUCUUGAGGCGAAGGUUGUGGAUCUUGAUGCGGAGAGGGAGAGUAAGGAGACGGAGGUUAGGGAUUUGAAGGAGGAGGUCAAGGUUUCUGAUGAGAGGAGAGCGAUAGCAGAAAGAGAUUUGAAGGAGAGAAGGUCGGAGCUGGAGGUGAGGAUUGACGAGCUUGUGAGUAAAGGUCGAGAAGCGAUGGAGGAGGCCAUUAAGAUUAGGGUUUCGAGGGAGCAUGAGCUGGAAAAGGUUGUUAAAGUGAUGAAGGAGAGGAAUUCAGAGCUCGAGCAGAAUUUGGCUGGUGAGAAGACUGGGACAGAGGAGGAGUUGGAGAAGACCGUCGAGGAGCUGAAGAAGAGGAAUUCUGAACUCCAAGAAAAGAUUGAUGAGAUUUCGUCAAAGGCGAAGAAUUUGAAUAGUGAAAAGAGUAGUAAUACGGAGAUUCUAGCAGAUGCAGAUGCUUCAAAGAUUUCAUGGGCAAUGGUGGCGGCAGCAGCAGCAUCAGCAGCAUCAACUGGAACUGUUGCUGUUGCUCUGACUGCAUUCUAUCUCCGCAAUGCAAAGCAGAGGUAA